GUUAAAACUCUCUAUAAAAAUAUCUUAUAUAAGACAAAAUAAAUAGUGUGAAAAGAGAAGAAGGAAAUCAUAAGGGGGAGAAUUCUAUCCUUUUUUAUUUACCGCUGCACAGAUCCCUUCAGCUUCCCCGCCCAUCCGCUAUUUUCCUGAUCACUUUUGAAAGCAAAAGAUCAAAAAAUAAACAAAAUAAAAAAAAUUUAAAAAUUUAAAAUCCAUGAUCAUAUUGGAUAAUGUUAAGAGAUUAAAUUUACAAAUUAAAUGAUAUGUCACUAAUAAACAUGUUUAUCAACGUUUUCAAAAUUUUAUCUAUAAAUUUAGUAUUUCUAAUAUUAUCUUUAUCUUAUUAGAAGAAGAAAACAGAAAGUUCCCGAUCAUGCAUGUCGAUACAAACCAAGAACUUCCAUCCCACACACGUCGCCAUUUCUCCAUUCCUCUUUUGGCUCGUCCUCAAAUUGUUGUAAGUCGACUCGAAACAACUCAAACUUACCCAUUUGGAACUUCUCCACCGUAACCCCAAUGGAGAAAUCUGGGUACGGCAGAGAUGGCAUUUUCCGGUCACUCCGGCCGCCGCUUGUCCUGCCCAGAGACCCAAAUCUCUCAAUGGCCUCCUUCCUCUUCAGAAACUCCUCCUCUUACUCCCACAAGCCAGCCCUCAUCGAAGGCGAGUCCUCCGAAACCCUUUCCUUCUCACAGUUCAAGUCCAAAGUUAUCCAGGUCUCCCAUGGCUUAAUCCAUCUGGGAAUCAAGAAAAACGACGUGGUCCUCAUUCUCGCCCCCAACUCAAUCCAAUUCCCCAUUUGUUUCCUCGGGAUUAUUGCGUCCGGCGGUAUUGCCACCACCUCCAAUCCCCUCUACACUGUUUCAGAGCUGUCCAAGCAAGUCCGGGACUCUAAUCCUAAGCUGGUUAUAACACUCCCGGAGCUCUGGGAUAAAGUCAAGGGCUUUAAUCUCCCAACAGUGUUCUUAGUGUCAAAGGGCUUAUCGGGGAAAUCCCACGUUGGAUCAACCUCAAAGAUUCUAACUUUCCAUGACUUGGUCGAAUCUGCUCGGUCUGUGUCCGAUUUUCCAUCGGUUAACAUUAAGCAGACCGACACAGCUGCCCUGUUGUACUCUUCAGGUACAACAGGGGACAGCAAAGGGGUAGUUUUGACACAUAAAAAUUUCAUUGCCUCGUCUCUAAUGAUCACAAUGGAUCAAGAACUUGCUGGGGAGAUGCACCAUGUGUUUCUCUGUGUUCUGCCAAUGUUCCAUGUGUUUGGGCUGGCAAUUAUCACCUGUGCGCAGCUGCAGAAGGGCAAUGCUGUGGUGUCGAUGGCGAGAUUUGAUCUCGAGAAGACUUUGAUGGCUAUUGAGAAGUAUAAGGUGACACACUUUUGGGUUGUGCCUCCUAUAGUGCUUGCCCUGGCGAAAAACAGUAUGGUUAAGAAGUUUAACCUUUCGUCGUUGAAGCAUAUCUGUUCAGGGGCAGCUCCCUUGGGGAAAGAGUUGAUGGAGGAGUGUGCAAAAAAAUUUCCUCAAGGUGUAGUAGCUCAGGGAUAUGGUAUGACAGAAAGCUGUGGAACUAUUUCGGUGGACUGUACGCUGGCAGGGACUCAACAUACUGGUUCAACUGGUAUGCUUGUUUCAGGAGUUGAAUGUCAGAUAGUCAGUGUAGAUACACAGAAGCCUCAACCUCCUAAACAGUUGGGAGAGAUAUGGGUUAGGGGCCCUAGUAUGAUGGCUGGGUAUUUCAACAACCCGGAGGCCACCAACGAGACUAUAGAUAAAAAUGGUUGGGUACAUACAGGAGAUAUUGGAUACAUUGAUGAAAACGGACUACUUUAUGUAGUUGAUCGAAUCAAAGAGCUUAUUAAGUAUAAAGGUUUCCAGGUGGCACCAGCUGAACUUGAAGGGCUGCUAGUUUCUCACCCAGAAAUAUUAGAUUCAGUUGUCAUCCCGCUUCCUGAUGCUGAAGCUGGUGAGGUCCCCGUUGCAUAUUGCGUACGCACGCCAAAUAGUUCUCUGACUGAAGAAGAUGUCAAGAGCUUUAUUGCUAAUCAGGUUGCAUCUUUCAAACGACUACGAAGAGUAACAUUCAUAAAGAGUGUCCCCAAGUCAGCAUCAGGCAAAAUCCUCAGAAGAGAGCUCAUCGAGAAAGUGCGGUCGAAAAUAUGAAAUUGUAUCAUGGACCUCCUCAUUGAUCUAAUGUUUCCUUCUAUCUGGAAGACUAGUUUGUAGAGGAACACUAUAUGUUCCAUAUCGAGUAUACAUACUUUUCGGUGAUCCCAUCUCCAACACCUGUGUCUGCAAGCGUGCGCUGUCCGAUGCAACAAACGCACACUAAAAGAAUAACUUUACAAUGGAUCUAUGUAAGGAAAAAAAACAUGCUGCAUAUGUACAUUCAUGAUAAAAAUAAAAAUACAACCAAAAAAUUGUUCAAUUUAGUCGCAGC